AUGAAGAAAGUGUACAACACACACUCCGGUUGUACAUACGCGACACAACCACUCCAAAUGUUACCUGCUCCGCUCUGGGAAAAGAGACAUCAACUUUAUGAAAAGAAAGUACAUACAAGCACGGAUCGUAUUUGGACGCGAUCAAUCGUGGAAUUUCAUGAAUUUUGGAUAGCCUUAUUUCGCCCUUCCCUCCGGAUUACUCUCCGGAUUACUCCUCAUCCGAUUAAUAUUUGGAUACAUUAUCUCAGGAGAAAAGUUUCCGUAGAAAAGCACAAACACAGGAGAAAGUCCUCUUCUUGUACACACUUUCAGAACAAGCAAUCCAGUGGAUUACGAGACUAA